AUGGAGGGCCCUAACGGCGAGCGUGUGCGUGGCAUGGCGCUCUUUGACGGGGCGUCUGGAUUGGGAGUACUGGACAGCACGUGGUUUGCAGCGCGGAGACACAGGCUGGGCAACGUGUCCAAGCCACAGAAGCGGCUAAGGAUGGCGAACGGCACCACAAUAUCGUCGUCUGCGCACUGGGAAGGAACCGUCGACGUUGGCGGUAUCAAAGUUCGAGCGGAGUUCGAAGGAGGAAUGACAAUAAGUGUGCGAGUGCAAGUAUUGGACUUGCACUCUGAUGGGAAAUGCCGCACAGUGAUCUGUAAAAGUCGCACUCUGAUGUAUAAUGGAUGCAUUGAGUGA